AUGUCAUACUGUGAGUCGUCUGGUUUUUUUUAUCACAGAUCCCAAGGUUCUUUGCAGGAAAUUUUCUUAUUGAUUGGGGACACGUUAAGAAAGAAGAUGGUAAAUAAAGUGAAUUAUUCACCUGUAUUCAGUAUUUUAGUUGAUGAAGUAACAGAUAUAUCAGUUAAAUGUCAAAUGGUCGUUUUCAUCCAGUACCUUGACGACUUUGGCAGCCCUGUUGUUAACUUUUUGGAAUCACGUGAUGUCCUUUCUAAUUCUGUAUCAGCUGACAGUGCAACUCUUCACCAAGUACUAAAGGACUGUAUAAAAGAUAUAAAUGGAAGCAAGUUGUGUGGACUUGUAACUGAUGGAGCCAGCACCAUGACAGGCAAAAAGAAUGGACUUGCUGCUAGAAUUAAAAAGGAACAUCGAACAGUUGUGUCAGUCCACUGCAUAUGUCAUCGCCUAGCGCUGGCAUGUACAGAUUCAAACAAAGACUGUAAAUUUGUAGCUGACACAUCUGACAUACUUCGAUAUCUUUGGGAGUUUUUUGAAGAUUCUCCAAAACGGACUGCAACAUUGGUUAGAGUCCAGAUGGAAAUGGCAAAAUGCAAUGAACAACUACCAAAAACUUCAAGGAUCUCAAUUGUCCACAAAGUAAAAAAGGCAUGCUCAACCAGAUGGCUGUCAUUUAACGCAGCAGUUCAGGGAUGUUAUGAUGACUUUCCAGCAAUAAUGCAAUGCUUGUCAUUGCUUGAGAAAGAUGUUGUUGCCACAGGCCUUUUAAAGAAGAUGAAAAAUGUCAGAUUUGUUACCAGCAUUUUCAUUUUGAAAGAAAUCUUGCCAAUUCUUGCAAAGCUAAGCAAAACGUUUCAAGCCGGAACAAUUAAUUAUGCAUGUAUACAACCUUGCAUUCAGGAAGCUAAAGACGCACUAAGAGACAGUAGUUUGACUGAAAAAGUCAAAACAGCAAUUGUCAAAGAAACCAAAGGUAACGAAAGACUUGGAUUUUUAGAGUUAACACCCACUGAGGCUCAGUUAAAGGAAGCAACAGGAAAGAUGGCCAAGUAUGUUGAGGCCUUAAGAAACAACUUGGAUGAGAGAUUUGAUGAGGCAGCACCACUUUUGGCUGCUUUUAGUGUGUUUGACCCUUAUCUUCUUCCAGAUAAAAUAGAACCAGCCUUUAAGCAUUACGGAGAUGAGAAGAUAGAUGAUUUGGGCUCACACUUUUUAGCUGGAGAUGAGGAGGCAAAGAAUGAACUUUCUGCUGAAUGGAUGAGCUACAAGUACCAUAUUUUAAGGCUAAAAAAAAAUGUACUUUCAAGCCAGGAGAAAAAGACAACAGAUGUUGUCUUAAAAAUAUUAAUGAACCUACGAAAUCCUUCAGACAAAGGGUAUAUUUUCCCUAGAUUAUCUCAUAUGGCUGCAAUAAUACUAUCCUUGCUAGUCAGCAAUGCCUGGCCAGAACGUGGAGCUUCAGCAGUGAAACGUAUCAAGACACGCCUCCGAAGUACACUGAAGGAUAACAUGCUUUCAGGGUUACUACAAGUAUCCAUAAAUGGACCUCCAGUGAAAGAGGCAACAGAGCUGAUCAAUAAAUGUGUUGACAAUUGGUAUAAGGCAAAACCAAGGAGAAAACUUAAGGGCCUUGCUAAAGAUAAAGUCGUGACAAUUGCUCCUGCAGAAGUGAUGGAAACUGCAGAUACAGGUGUCCAAGCCGAUUUUAAUGAAAACGAUGAAGAAGAAAUGGGACGAGUGAGGACAAAAAUGUCACACAUUUUAAAGCUUCUCCAUCUAACUGGCUUCCAAGAUGAUGCUGACUAUGACAGUGAGGAAGAUGACAAUGAGAGUGAAGACUCUGAUGAGUUUGACUAUGACAAUGUGACACUCUGA